AUGGCACCAAACGAAAUCAGAAUACGGAACAAACUAAAGCGACAAGAGCUGUUUGCUGAUCUCAAGGAUCAGAAGAAUAAAGAACGUCAUGGAAUGCGCAGAACUCGUGCAAAGGAGGAACGGGAAGACCCAGAAAUGAAAGCUAAAAGACUUAAAGAAAAUGUAACAAACACUAUCGACAGUCUUCGUGUUUAUGAUGAAACCAUCAAUCAACCCACCGAGGGUGAAGAGACCGAUUUUGCUCGGUUUUUCAAUAGUGGCACGGAACCUCCUAAAAUCUUGCUGACAACCAACGUCAACGCCAAGAAAAAAGCAUAUGAGUUCGCCAACGUGCUUAUUGAAAUUUUGCCCAACGUAACCUUCGUGAAAAGAAAAUUCGGCUUCAAACUCAAGGAAAUAGCUGAGUUCUGUAAUAACCGCAACUACACAGACUUGGUGAUCAUUAAUGAAGACAAGAAGAAGGUUACAGGACUCACUUUCAUUCACUUGCCCGAUGGGCCAACUUUUUACUUCAAAGUGAGCUCCUACGUCGAGGUACAAAAAAUCGUAGGUCACGGAAGGCCCACUAGUCACAUCCCAGAGCUCAUUCUCAACAAUUUCAACACUCGACUCGGUAAGACCGUUGGAAAACUAUUUCAGUCUAUCUUUCCACAAAAUCCAGACAUCGAAGGUCGCCAGGUAAUAACUCUACACAAUCAAAGAGACUACAUUUUCUUCCGGAGACACAGAUACGUUUUCCGCAACGAAGAAAAGGUGGGAUUGCAGGAGCUGGGGCCACAGUUCACAUUAAAGUUGCAACGCUUGCAGCAUGGUAUCAAGGAAGAAACAGAAUGGGAGCAUUCGGCUUCGAUGGACAAGGAGAAGAAGAAGUUCUACUUGUGA